CGAACGUCUGGCUCUUCACCUCCAAAGCCCAUUCUUCUAGCCUGAUUUGCGUGCGCGUCCUAGAGCCUGCUCGUUUCUUUUCAAGGGGUCGGUCUUGUUAUAUCCGCAUACAAUCAUUGUUCAGGCUCCUAAUUAGCAACCGGAGCACUAUUCACAAAGCAACCUUGCCCCGAUCGCUGCAAUGGGGAUGCGAACCCGUUCAGCCGCCAAGAGGCUCAAGGUAGACACCGAUGAACACAUCGUGGUUGUGAGCCCCCUCCAAAAAUCGGUCAUCGCUCCAAAUCAUGCAUCCGUGACUAUUGUAGCUUCGAUUGAGGUUGAUUCUCGGACGAGAGGGAAACGGAAACGGGGACAUGCCACGCAGGCGCAGCCUCUCGAAGUUAAAGGUGGUUGGGAUGUCUUGUCCCAUGGCAUUGAUGCUUUGCCAACUCCUGGAAUAACUCCAGAGGUACCAUAUUCGCUGAGCGGUUCUUCCGACACGCCGAUGUAUGCCACGCGAAGUGUGACCAAACGCCAGACACAGAGUCCGUUCGAGGUUACGAAGACUCGGACAGAGAACGUAGAGACGCAGAACACACCGAUCGGUACGGGCCUCCUGCAAGGGAACACUCCUGUCGAUAGCCCUGUGCAUCAUACACGGAGUGUGACCAAACGCCAGACCAAGAUUCACCUCGGAACCAUCAAGGCUCGGACGGAAAAUUCAAAUACGACGGAGGCUGUAGAGACGACAGGGGACGCUGCUCCGGGGAAGAUUAUUGAGGUGAUUACUCCCAAGAACGACAGAGACGAGGAACGUACUACACGGGAUCGACGUGUAACCAGGUCGUCUUCCAAGAAGCCAGACACCGCAACCGACGAAACCUUCCAAAGCGGCAAUGGACAGAUCAUUGUCAAGUCAACCGAGAAGACAACCAAGGUUACCGCCACAAAAACACCCACCGUUGACCGUGACAGUCCUGACUACAGAAUGCCAGUGAAAAGAGGACCAGACAAUCCCAUGGGGCUCACGCCAGGAUUUUCGCCCUAUCCCAAUCGUGAGGUUCCCGCCUCUGAGGCAUGCGGAGAUGUUUACCGCAUUUUGGCAGCCAUCCAUGGGAAGGUAGAGCAACCCAAGAAAAUGCCCAAGGCUUCUCUGGAGAAGGCCGGCUGUGGCGAGGUACCUUGCGUCCUGGACGCCCUCCUCCGGACGCUGAUUAGCGGCAACACUCUGAUGGCCAUGGCGGACCAAGCGAUCAGGAACAUGGUUCAAGAGUACGGAUUACGAGAACACGGCUCAGGUGCCGGAAGUAUCAACUGGGAAAACGUUGCCAGUGAACCAGAGGAAAAGCUGGCCCAGGUUAUCAAGGUUUCGGGGAACGGGAACCAGAAAGCCAAGAACAUCAAGCUAAUCCUCGACAUGGUUGCGUUGGAGAUGGCGCAGAUGGCAAGAGAGAAUAAUGGAAUGGGCGGCAAACGAGAAGUCGCCUUCCCAGAAACGCUGAACCUUGACCACAUGCACACCCUCACCAAAGACGAAGCCAUGGCCAAGCUUGUGCGGUACCCCGGUAUUGGCAUCAAGUCUGCCGCCUGCGUCGCCCUCUUCUGUCUCCGCAAGCCCUGCUUUGCGGUUGACACGCACGUCCACCGGUUCUGUCGCUGGCUCGGCUGGGUGCCGGAGAAAGCAAAUGCGGAGGACUGUUUCAAACACUGCGAUGUGAAAGUGCCGGAUCACCUCAAGUACGGGUUACACCAGCUGUUCAUACGCCAUGGGCAACAGUGCUUCAAAUGCCGGAAGGCGACGAAGCCGGGAACGAAGGAGUGGAGGGAGGCACCUGAGUGUCCGUUGGAACAUCUGCUGGACCGGGGGAAGGGAGACGCCCGGGGAUAUGAUUGAGACGGCAAUGGAACGCCGAAAUGAGUUGCGGCGGAAUUGGUUUACUGCUCCCUAAGGAAGAUGCUGUGUAUGUAUACAAGCCCGAGUUGUGGCCAACCAGU